UUCCGGGCGGUAGCGUCCCGCGCCACUGAGCAGGCGCGUGCGCAGGCGCAGGAGCGGAAGAGGGGGUGGUGCGGACGGACGGUUCCUUCCCAGGCCGGGACGAGGCAUGGCCGCGCUACUGGCGAGGCGCGUGCUGGCGACCGUCGCGGGCCCGCUCCGACUCCUGAGCCCCUGCGCCGCGGCGUCGGCCUCGUGCGCGCCCCUGCUGUCCGGCCUCGCGGGCGCCGUGCGGGCGGGCGCCGUGCCGCGCCUGGCGCUCCCGCAGCCCGCGGCGGGCUUCAAGACCAAGGCUGUGCUCAAGAAGCGCUGCAAGGACUGCUACCUGGUGAAGCGGCGCGGGCGCUGGUUCGUCUACUGCAAGACCAACCCCAGGCACAAGCAGCGGCAGAUGUAGCCCUCGGCCUCUGCGCGGGCGACCGAGCGACGUGACCUCGGGAAGGUCCCUUAUCAGAGGAAAUAAAUUUUAACCGCCCGUGUUCUGACCUCUCUUGACCUUCGGACCGGCAGCCCUGGGAAUCAGCCCACACCCCGUCAAGCCAGAGCCCCAGAUGGGAAGCGAAUUGCCUUCCUCUGCCCUGGAGAGUUUGCGCACGGACUAGAGGGCGGAAGACCCCUGGAGUCCGAAGGCGCUUCCUGGGGCGGAGCUCUGGCCUGUGUCUUACAUGCCCCGGGGACAGCAGCCCCUUCCCAAGGACCCCACUGAAAGACAUUGUGGGCAACUUGUAGCUAAAGGACACUUAAUCCGUUUACUGCAAAUGCCUUUGGGGUAGCAGUUAAACCUGUCAUUCUGGGUCUGAGGCAGAGCAGAAAUGCCCCAUGUCAGCAAGUCGAUGCUUUCAGAAAGUGGUAGUUGAUGCUCUGCUAAAGGAGAUGAGAAGCAAAACCGUACCCUGGUGUCUUUGCAGAGGAUCUGAAGGAAGCAUUAUGCUCUGGGAUUUUGGAGAGCUGCCAUUUGUCAGUGUUGAAAAGCUGAAGCAGGAUUCUUGGGAAACGAGGUCCUUUUGUGGCCUGGCUCCUCAUGUGCUGUGAGUCUCAGAGAUGAGUCUCAUGAGUAGAUUAAACCUUAGUCUGGCACAAUUACUGGCUGCUUCUCAACUACAGGGAACGUGUGUGGGCCCAUGAGUCCAAUACAGGGAGCUGUGGACCCGGUUCCCCAGGGUAGGGAAUGUGGAGACUGUUGCUGGAGUACCAGCUGCCCCAGCGUCAGAAAUUCAGGAACCUUGACAGUGGGUGAUGACAAUAAAUGACAGAGUUUCAAGUACCAGGUGUCAUUUCCCAAGGUCACCCCUGUGAUGGGCCUGUGCCCUGGGCCUCUGAUGCUCAGGGAAGUGGGGAGGGAUGCUUCUGGUGGAGCCCAAGCACCAGGGGUAAUUAGGCAGUGAGGAGAGGGAUCUUGGCAGUGAUGAGCGUUUAAGGGGGAGAGAAAGGAGCAUGCCCAGACCUAGGCGGUGGGUGUGACUGACACUAGUCCAUGAACACAUGUGAACCUGGAGAUGGCUAGGAGACUCCAGAAAAGCAGAGUUUUGGUUUUGAGGUGCUAGGCCGUAGGAGGGAAAAUGGAUAGUGUCAUAAGCAGAGCCUGGCAUCUUAUGGGGAGAGGACCCGGUAUAGACAAAUGAAUAGUUAUUCCCUGGGGUACAGGUCACCUGUCAUGGGCAGCCCAGCCAGCACCUACUGGAGACAGUAGCAGCUCUGCCUGCCUGGGGAAUGACCAGGAGCCUGGUCCAGAGUGGACAGACUGGUGGUACCUCCCUGUCCGUGGGCUGCUGGAGCCCUUUCGUCAUGGCCACUCCUGCACAUCCACUCUGAUGCCCAGCUCUCCCAUUUGGAAUGAUGGUGCACAGAGGUCUGAGCAUAGGCCCAAAUCCCAACUCUGCCACUUGCCCGUGGUGUGACCUUGGCUCUGUGCUUCAGCUCCCUCGUGAAGUGGGUGAGAAAGGUGAACUGCCACCUUGGAGUUGGCGUGGUGGAAUGCAGGUGUGGAGUUUGUGUGUGUUUUUAUUAGUAACAGAAUAAGCGACAACUUUUAUUCCCAAGGUUUUCCAGUAAAAUUGUUUUUCGAUAAAAAUAAGUAA